ACAGAAACGACGCUCCGCUCAUCAGUCAGUUGCUCCAGUCAGUCGUUCGCUGAUCGUUACGGGGAGCAGGUGGACAGAUCCUCGCAAGAUCCUUGCACCGCGAUGUCGGAAGUAUUCAAAUUGGGUGAUUUGGUUUGGGCGAAAAUGAAGGGAUUCUCGCCGUGGCCCGGCCGGGUGUCAGUUCCUUCAAAGGAUUUAAAGAAGCCUGCAAACACUAAAAAGGGACCAGUACAGUGUAUUUUCUUCUUUGGAACAAACAAUUAUGCGUGGAUAGAAGAAUCCCACAUUAAACCGUACCAAGAGUAUAAAGAUACUUUAGUGAAAUCUAGCAAGUCUGGAGCAUUCAAAGAUGCAGUGGAAGCUAUAGAAGAUUUUAUCGCCAAAGGGGAAGUAUUUGAAGAUGGUUUGGAUCCAGAUUCUCUCUUCGACAGACUUAAAGAAGAGACUGUAACCGAGAAGAAGACGCCCGUCGUCAAAACGCCAAAACCUCGCAAGGAAACUACAAAAACCACUAAGCGGCUAAGCGACAGUGGUACAGGUGAUCGUCGACCUGCUAAAAAGCAGCGUAGGGAAUCAAGUACCAGCAAUAGCAACAGAGUCGGCAGUGUCAGUCCUACAUUGAAUCAUUCUACUCCAGCUAGAAAAACGGGCUCGCUUCUAAACAGACCGGCAAAUGUCACCAGACCUGUCACGCCGCCCUUAGAUCUCGAAACGAUGUCAAAAACUCUUAAGGAAAAGAACAUUCUUCCAUCCAAUCUGAAAUUUGGUUUUCUCGGACUCGGCAUCAUGGGUAGCGGUAUUGUGAAAAAUUUGAUCAACAGUGGUCACAGCGUGAUCGUAUGGAAUCGAACGCAGGAAAAGUGUGCAGAUUUUGUCAAGGCAGGAGCAGAGCAAGGUUUAACGCCAUCGGAUGUUGUGUUAGCAGCUGACAUCACCUUUUCUUGUGUAGCUGACCCACAGGCUGCCAAGGAUAUGGUAUUUGGCAAUUGCGGUGUACUAACAGAGAUAUCUCCUGACAAGAGCUAUGUCGAGAUGACCGGAAUUGAUGCGGAAACAUCUCAAGAUAUUGCUGAAGCUAUAAACGGCAAGGGUGGUCGUUAUUUAGAGGCACAAGUGCAAGGAAGUAAAACGCAGGCGCAGGAAGGUACCCUGGUGAUUCUUGCAGCUGGAGAUCGGUCGCUGUUUGAUGAAUGUCAGUCUUGUUUCGAGGCUAUGGGCAAGAAUAGCUUCUACCUUGGUGAAGUCGGAAAUGCUUCCAAGAUGAAUCUCGUGCUUCAAUUAAUGGCUGGUGUGACUUUGGCAGCUCUAGCCGAAAGUAUGGCACUUGCAGAUCGUGCUGGACUUCAACAGAAGGACGUUCUGGAAGUCUUGGAAUUGACAUCUUUGGCAUGUCCAGCAAUUCUCGAUAAGGGCAAAGCAAUCAUCGAGGGCGGUUUUCCUACCCAGUUACCGCUGCAACAUAUGCAAAAGGACCUGAGACUGUCUCUAGGUAUGAGUGAUCAACUAGAACAACCUUUACCGUUGGCCGCUGCGGCGAACGAAGUGUACAAGCAUGCUAAACGUCUCGGAUAUGGUGAACAUGAUGCUUCGGCCGUUUAUAUCAGGGCUAGGUUCUAACGCAACAUAGGUUUCAUGUUGUCACCGAGCUUCGCUAUACCGUAUUUAUUGCGAUACCUGACGUUAUUUCCCGCCGCUAACUGAGGAAAGAGAGAGAGAAAAAAGAAAGGGUGAGAAUUGAUUCUUCAACAAGAUACUCGACCUAGUGUAGGUCGAUUUAAAAAUACACGUCGUUAUAUUUGUGCGUACGUUUGCAAAAUUUUAAAGAACUCAUUGAAAAUGAAGUAAAAAAGAAAAAAAAGCAAAAGUUUUGUCGACGCGCGUUGAGAAGAAAAAUGUUAGACCUUUUAAUCUUAUUCUAAGUCACGACAAUGAUGAGUUUCAAUACUAAUUAUAUAGUAAUACUCUAUUUCUUGUGACAUGUCAUAGCGUAAUAGUUCUCUACGUAUUUCUCAAUUAGAGAAACAUUUUUCUUCGUUCGCGAAUGAAGGUAUAGCAUCGGUUUAACGAUCGAACUCCCGAGUCGCGUCUCGACUUCGAUUGCGCGCGAGAUCCAAUUGUUUGCGCGCCUGAUCCAAUCAUUUUAGUUUCAAGAGAUUCGGGACGUGUCGAAAAUAUGUGCCUUACGAUAUCGAUUGAAGAAAGGCGUUAAGCGAAACGGGGAUUGCGAAAAUUUUGAAAGUCGCAGUUGAUAAUGAACAACACAUUGUAUCGGCGUGAGAUUGAUCGACAGACAGACUGACCGACUACAAUAUGACGAUAAUAAGCAAGGCGUUAAUGACAAUAGUCCCAGGAAAGUUUAGAAAACAAUGCAUGUUUUAUGUGAUGCAAUUGAUUUAAAUUGCAACAAUGAUUAUACGAUGAUAUCUUGGAAACAUCCGUCAAUUGGAACAAUUGCAUAACAACAAGAGGACUGAUCCUUAUUCGUAUACUUUCGUCUUCUUCAUGAUCUACAUAUUCUAACGUUAAACAAUAACUUUUAACACAUUAUUUCAUAGACGCACUUUUAUUUUGUAGAUCUCGAGUUUUUAUUUCGCACUCCGUACAACGAACAGUAAAAGUGCACUGUGUUAUUCUAA